ACGUCUGAAACAGACCGUGUUUAGCGGGCAGCUAACAAGCUAAUUGUUUUACGCUCAGAUUUAAAUAUUGUUUUUAGAAUGGAUCGUUCGCUUAGCAAGGAGGAAAAGCAGGAUUUGCUUGCAUGGGUAGAUAAAGUACCUUUCUCCAGGCCCAAAAGAAACAUCACCAGGGACUUCAGUGAUGGAGUGAUGAUUGCGGAGAUUAUUAAGCAUUUUUUUCCAAAGAUUGUUGACCUCCACAACUAUAGUGCUUCCUGCAAAACGCAGCAGAAACUCAGCAACUGGAGGUUUCUCAACAAGAGGGUGUUUCCCAAGCUGGACAUGGAUGUCCCAGAGGAGAUGGUAAAGAAGAUUGUUACAAGCACCCCUGGAGCCAUAGUGCCUGUGCUGAGCGUCCUCAAGGAGAAGAUAGAGGAGAAACUGGUGCAAACCUUCAACAAUACACCACAAUACUAUGAAACCAGGAGCCAGGAGAAACCUUUUUCAGAUGUAGAAAUUCAACAGGCUGAAGCAAGAAUUGUGGCCCAGCUGGCAGAGUUGAAGAUCACAGAGACAAAAGUGAAACCACAACACAUGAUGUUUUACACAGAGAUGAACCCUGCAACCAUCCGGCAAAUCCUGCUUGAAAAAGAACUCCAGGUCCAAGAUCUUCAGGAAACUGUGAAGGUCUUUCAGGUGAAAGUGACCAAGCUGGAGGAGCUGGUUCGAUUGAAGGACAAGCGCAUUGAAUAUCUGACCUGUCUUCCAGAGGCGUACAAAACUAAACUACAGCUAGCUGGUUAAAAAAGCAGCUCACAUUCACACAGAGACCUGGUGUUAUGCUGUCUUUAUUUCUGUCCUUGUUGAAGUUCAUCUUUGUGCAGAAAACAUUAGGGUUCAGUCAUUUCAGUUUUAUUUAUCUGGACUUUACACUAAAUGUACUGAAGAUGGAGUUUUAAUAUGUUCAUUAUGUUAAAAAGUACUUGUUUUAAGAUGUAAUUAAUAAAGAACAACUAUACAUCUGUCCUAUA